CAUUCUAUCAUCACACACCAUGGCAUUUAAGGUAAUUGCACUCGCCGCCCUUGUGGCCGUUGCCCUCGCCCGCCCUCAGAACGGCUAUGGCGUCCCAACGCCCUCUUCAGGACCUGCCAAGUACGACUUCAACUACGCCGUCAACGACCCACCAUCUGGCAACGACUUCGGCCAUCAGGAGGCCCGAGAUGGCCCCAACACUCAGGGUUCCUACUACGUCCUCCUUCCCGACGGUCGUCUUCAGAGGGUCACCUACACUGUCAACGGAGACUCCGGUUACGUGGCCGAUGUCACCUACGAGGGUGAGGCCCAGUACCCCACCGCGCCACCGCGCCCCUAUACACCCGCCCCUCAGUAUGCGUAGAUACCUUUUGUUAUGGCAACCGCAUUGUAUAAUUUAUGUAUAAAUUGUCUAAUAAACUAGCACAUA